CCCUUAGGUGAGAUUUGAGGGACACUGUUAGGGCAGUAUGUAAGAAGCUUGCAACUACUGCUGCUAGUGCUAUAUCCUGGGAAUAAAUAUAGGACUUCAAUGUCUGGUGCAAAUGAGCCAUCUUUCUCAAACACUGAAUGAAUGUAUUCUUCUUUAUCUAAAAAAGUUAAAGGCAAAUUACCAUGUGGAUACACUUUCAUUUCCCCAUUUGGUUUUACCUGAUCUGUGUCAAGUACAAAACGAAAGAGGAAAUCUUGAAACUAUGCAACACUAGAAGUUUUUUUUCUUUAGGAUAAUGGCAGGAAAAGUGAAAUGGGUAACCGACAUAGAAAAGUCUGUGCUAAUAAAUAACUUUGAAAAGAGAGGCUGGAUUCAGGUGGCAGAAAAUGAAGACUGGAAUUUUUACUGGAUGAGUGUACAAACUAUCCGAAAUGUUUUCAGUGUAGAAACUGGCUACCGCCUUUCUGAUGACCAAAUUGUCAAUCAUUUCCCGAACCACUAUGAGCUGACCAGGAAGGACUUGAUGGUGAAAAAUAUCAAGAGGUAUAGGAAGGAAUUAGAAAAAGAAGGGAGUCCACUUGCUGAGAGAGAUGAGAAUGGAAAAUAUAUUUAUUUAGAUUUUGUUCCUGUCACCUUUAUGCUUCCUGCCGAUUACAACUUGUUUGUGGAAGAAUUCAGAAAAAAUCCAUCUAGCACCUGGAUUAUGAAACCUUGUGGGAAAGCUCAAGGAAAGGGGAUAUUUCUCAUCAAUAAACUCUCUCAAAUUAAAAAGUGGUCUCGAGACAGUAAAACAUCUUCGUUUGUAUCUCAAUCUUCUAAAGAAGCAUAUGUGAUUUCUCUCUAUAUCAACAACCCAUUACUGAUUGGUGGGAAGAAAUUUGACCUGCGUUUGUAUGUUUUAGUGUCUACAUAUCGUCCGCUGAGGUGUUACAUGUAUAAGCUUGGAUUUUGCCGGUUUUGCACAGUAAAAUAUACACCCAGUACAAGUGAAUUAGAUAAUAUGUUUGUACAUCUUACAAAUGUUGCCAUUCAGAAACAUGGGGACGACUACAAUCAUAUCCACGGAGGCAAAUGGACAGUGAGUAACUUGCGCUUGUAUCUAGAGAGUACACGUGGAAAGGAAGUCACCAGCAAACUGUUUGAUGAAAUUCAUUGGAUAAUUGUGCAGUCGCUGAAGGCCGUUGCACCUAUUGUAAAACUAGGCAAAUAUCUAGAUGAGUUGAUGCACCCCCUGGAAGACCUCUGCAUACCCCAGGGGUGUGUGUACUUAUUGUUGAGAACCACUGCUUUAAAUGAUCUGCCUGUAAUGAACAAUGAUAAACACUGCUUUGAGUGCUAUGGAUAUGAUAUUAUUAUUGAUGACAAGCUUAAACCAUGGCUUAUUGAGGUCAAUGCUUCCCCUUCUCUUACCUCCAGUACAGCCAAUGAUCGUAUCCUUAAAUAUAAUCUUAUUAACGACACGCUUAACAUUGCUGUCCCUAAUGGUGAAAUUCCAGACUGUAAAUGGAACAAAUCUCCACCAAAAGAAGUUCUUGGAAAUUAUGAAAUUUUGUAUGAUGAAGAGAUGGCACAAAGCGAUGGAGCUGAUCGUGAUUUGAGAAGCCGUUCUGGACAAUCCAUUGGACUAAAAGGGAAUAGAGCAAGAGAUUCAGUAAAGCAUGUGCUCACCACAUGGAAGUAGGGACAAAAUCAAAUGAAUAUCAAAUCAGUAAUACUUUACUGAAAUUCAGAGCUAUGCUCUUGGCUGGAAAUUUUGAACUGAACACCGGGUUUUGGACCAUUGUUUUUCCUUUGGACAGCUUCCUUCUCUUUACUAACUGCUGUGUAGUGUGUGGGAAUUAAUAACUCCAGAGAAAAUACAGCAAAGAAAUAUUUGUCCUGAUAUGAGACAUGUCUGUAUGACACAGACUUUGUAUGAGUGGUGCACCCAAUCAGCUGUUCUGAUAGUAAAUUCACUAGUUUAAGUUUACUUCAAGAGUAUUAUGGUGCAUGUGGCUAUAGCAAAUCUAUUGUAAUAUAAAGAAUUAAUAUUAAUUGCAUUAAACUUUUAAAAGCAGAAGUUCUCAGACUUGAGAAUAGGAUUCUUUUCAACAAAUGGCUGGUUUGGCUUAUAGGUCUCUUAAAUAAUCUUCUUAAGAAAUCUGGUGUUAACUAAAAGUGUUCUUACUUACAUGAGCCACUGGUUUGGUGUUCAAGAUUUUGUUUUCCAGACUGUAUAAUGUAAGUAAUCUGUCUCUACACUUAUAAUUUAUUAUACACUUUUAACUCCUUUGUAAUUAAUUAAAUGUGUAACUUUUCUUGAUCAGAGUGGCUGGGUUCUGUAAAACUUUUUCUUAAAAAAAUGCACCUUAGAAUGUCACUCCUUUGUGUUCAAGGAUUACGUUUGAAAAUAGAAUCCAGAAAGGUCAGAGGUAAUGGGCAUUAUCAUUGUAUAGCUUACACUGGCUUGAUGACAGUUAAAUUCCUUGAUACAAGUGCAGUCCCUUCUGGAAACAUAUACAGUACAAACCUACUUGAGCUGUGAUUGUAAACUAAUGCAUUGUUAAUGAUUUUUAGUUAGUGUUGAAAUAAAAAAAUAUCAAAAUGCUAAGAUUGUCAGGUUCAUUCAAACUGUAACUCCUCAGAAAUUAAAAUUACAUAGACGGGAAGAACCACAUAACCAGUUGCUGUGCUAUCACAUUUGACAUUUAUUUUUACAUACAAGGUGAUUUUGGACAUACUUGACUAAAUGUCUUCCUGCUUUGCCACUUGAAUAUAAUGUAAUAAAUGUCAACCCCACUGCUCAGUAAUACCUGUAAAUCUUUGCUUGCAUCUAUACAGCUCUGCAUUUGUCUGUAUGUUACAUAUUUUAUGUUCUGUAACAAAAUUUCAUUGCAUCUACUAAGCCAUUUCUAAUCACUGUUGUCAGAAGGUACAAUAGCUACAAAUACCAUAAAGCAAGAGAAAUUUAAAAAGGAAAUUAUUAUAGUUUAACUAUAUAAACUAUAUAUACUAUUAUAGUAGAACAUUAUAUAAACUAGUCAGUUUAGCUAUUGCCUCUGAUGUCAUAAUUCUAGCACUCAGUAAGAAGAUACACACAGCUGCUUAAUUUUGGGGGAGAAGGAAAUCUCCAAAAGUACUUGUAUUAACAUAAUAAAUCUCACCUGGAUCUCAUGGAAGGCAUAAUACCUACAUAAAAUGAAUGAGGGACAAUUUUAUAUGAAAUUCUUAUCCAUUGUUAAUCUUGUAUUCUGUUUUAUGUAUAAAAAGUCAAAUGCAGAUUUUGGUAUGUCUUCCCACCAAAUCUCUGAUCCUUACAAUUUAUGAUGUAGCACUGUAAUAGGUCAUCAGAAAGUUGUAUCUUGAUUUGAGAUUAAGCAGUACUUUUUACAUGAUAAAGAAAUUAAAUUUGCCUGAUUUUCUCCA